CGGCCGGGUGCCUCCGCAGCUCAACUGGCAGGGCCCUGUGGGGCGUGUGUGGCUGCUGGUGCGCGCCCCCAGCCCCACGCCUCCCCAUGCAGCCCUGGCAGUGCCUCCGGCGCUUUGCCCUGGCCUGGUGGGAGAGGACCGCCGAGGGUCGCGCCCGUUCUCCCAGGGAGGAGGUUGGACCGAGGGACCCUGGGGGCCGAGGGGAGCCAGGGCUCCAGCGAGCGGCGGGAGGGAAGCCGGCAGGACUCUGCUCCCUCUGUUUAAAGUCUCCAGAUCCGGAGCGGAGCAGCCCCCCCAUGCUGUCUGCCGACGAUGCCGAAUACCCUCGGGAGUACCGGACCCUGGGGGGUGGGGGCAGCGGGGGCAGCGGGGGCCGGCGCUUCUCCAACGUGGGGCUGGUGCACACCUCCGAGCGGCGGCACACGGUGAUCGCUGCCCAGAGCCUGGAGGCCCUCAGCGGGCUCCAGAAGGCCGAUGCUGACCGCAAGCGAGAUGCGUUUAUGGACCACCUGAAGAGCAAGUACCCCCAGCAUGCCCUGGCCCUGCGAGGUCAGCAGGACAGGAUGCGAGAGCAGCAACCAAACUACUGGAGUUUCAAGACCCGCAGCUCGCGCCAUACUCAGGGAGCCCAGCCAGGGCUGGCAGACCAGGCAGCCAAGCUGUCCUACGCCUCGGCUGAGUCGCUGGAGACAAUGUCCGAGGCCGAGCUGCCCCUGGGCUUCAGCAGGAUGAAUCGCUUUCGACAGAGCUUGCCUCUCUCCCGCUCUGCCAGCCAGACCAAGCUGCGCUCACCAGGAGUCCUGUUCCUGCAGUUCGGGGAGGAGACGCGACGUGUACACAUCACGCAUGAGGUCAGCAGCCUGGACACGCUGCACGCACUCAUCGCGCACAUGUUCCCGCAGAAGCUCACCAUGGGCAUGCUUAAGUCGCCCAACACCGCCAUCCUCAUCAAGGACGAGGCUCGCAACGUCUUCUACGAGCUGGAAGACGUCCGGGAUAUCCAGGACCGGAGUAUCAUCAAGAUCUAUAGGAAGGAGCCACUGUAUGCCGCUUUUCCUGGCUCGCACCUCACCAACGGUGACCUCCGGAGAGAGAUGGUUUACGCAUCACGGGAGUCGUCGCCCACGCGGCGCCUCAACAACCUGUCGCCCGCAUCGCACCUAGCAUCUAGCUCCCCGCCUCCAGGGCUGCCAUCCGGGCUGCCUUCGGGACUGCCUUCGGGCUCGCCCUCGCGUUCACGCCUCUCGUAUGCUGGGGGCCGGCCGCCCUCUUACGCCGGCAGCCCGGUACACCACGCGGCUGAGCGACUGGGAGGCGCCCCGACCAGCCAGGGCGUGAGCCCCAGCCCCAGCGCCAUCCUGGAGCGGCGCGACGUGAAGCCGGAUGAGGAUCUGGCGAGCAAGGCGGGCGGCAUGGUGCUGGUGAAGGGCGAGGGCCUCUAUGCCGAUCCCUACGGGCUGCUGCACGAGGGCCGCUUGAGCCUGGCCGCCGCAGCAGGAGACCCGUUCGCAUACCCGGGCGCGGGCGGCUUGUACAAGCGGGGUUCUGUGCGCUCGCUCAGCACCUACUCGGCCGCUGCGCUGCAGUCCGACCUGGAGGACUCUCUGUACAAGGCGGGCGCCGGCGGCCCGCUCUACGGAGACGGCUAUGGCUUCCGUCUGCCGCCUUCGUCCCCGCAGAAACUGGCCGACGUCUCAGCGCCCUCCGGGGGACCUCCGCCACCGCACAGUCCCUACUCUGGGCCGCCCAGCCGCGGCUCGCCGGUGCGCCAGUCGUUCCGUAAAGAUUCGGGUUCCUCGUCGGUCUUUGCUGAGAGUCCUGGAGGCAAAGCCCGCAGCACCGGGGCUUCCACGGCCGGAGCACCACCUUCUGAACUCUUCCCUGGACCUGGAGAGCGCUCCCUCGUAGGGUUCGGGCCGCCGGUGCCAGCCAAAGACACAGAGACCAGGGAGCGUAUGGAGGCCAUGGAGAAGCAGAUUGCCAGCCUCACUGGGCUAGUCCAGAGUGCUUUACUGCGAGGCUCGGAGCCGGAGACUCCAAGUGAGAAGAUUGAAGGCUCCAAUGGAGCAGCCACCCCCUCAGCACCACUGUGUGGGUCAGGCAGUAGGAGUAGCGGGGCCACUCCAGUGUCGGGCCCUCCCCCACCCGCGGCCAGCAGCACCCCUGCAGGGCAGCCCACUGCUGUCAGCCGGCUGCAAAUGCAGAUGCAUCUGCGUGGCCUACAGAACAGCGCUAGCGACCUGCGUGGCCAGCUUCAGCAGUUGCGGAAGCUCCAGCUCCAGAACCAGGAGUCCGUGCGCGCGCUGCUGAAGCGCACCGAGGCGGAGCUGAGCAUGCGCGUGUCGGAGGCGGCGCGGCGGCAGGAGGACCCGCUGCAGCGGCAGCGCACCCUGGUGGAAGAGGAGCGUUUGCGUUACCUCAACGACGAGGAGCUCAUUACACAGCAGCUCAAUGACCUGGAGAAGUCAGUGGAGAAGAUCCAGAGGGAUGUGGCCCAUAACCACCGACUGGUGCCUGGUCCUGAGUUGGAAGAGAAGGCUCUGGUGCUGAAACAGCUUGGGGAGACGCUGACGGAACUCAAGGCUCAUUUCCCAGGCCUGCAGAGUAAGAUGCGGGUAGUGCUGCGUGUAGAGGUGGAGGCAGUCAAGUUUCUGAAGGAGGAACCUCAACGCCUCGACGGGCUUCUCAAGCGCUGCCGGGCGGUCACUGACACGCUGGCCCAGAUCCGAAGGCAAGUGGAUGAGGGUGUGUGGCCUCCCCCCAACAAUCUCCUGAACCAGUCCCCCAAGAAGGUGGCAGCUGAAACAGACUUCAGCAAAGGCCUGGAUUUUGAGAUACCACCCCCGAGUCCUCCACUGAAUCUCCAUGAGCUGAGCGGGCCUGUGGAAGGCACCCCGCUUACCCCAAAAAGCAGCAACCCUACCAAAGGCCUGGAUGCUCCCAGCAAGAGAAACAUGGACAAAGCUGUGUCUGUCGAGGCUGCAGAGAGAGAUUGGGAAGAGAAGCGGGCCGCCCUGACCCAGUACAGCGCCAAGGACAUCAACCGGCUGCUGGAGGAAACCCAGGCUGAGCUGCUCAAGGCUAUCCCCGACCUGGACUGUGCCAGCAAGACCCACCCAGGCCCUACUCCCACUCCAGACCACAAGCCCCCUAAGGCACCCCAUGGUCAGAAGGCUGCUCCCCGGACAGAGCCCAGUGGGAGAAGAGGAUCAGAUGAGCUCACAGUGCCCCGAUACCGCACAGAGAAGCCCUCCAAGUCGCCCCCGCCACCCCCUCCCCGCCGGAGCUUCCCUUCCUCGCACGGCCUGACCACCACUCGCACCGGAGAAGUGGUGGUCACCAGUAAGAAAGACUCAGUCUUCAUCAAGAAGGCUGAAUCUGAGGAGCUGGAGAUCCAGAAGCCUCAGGUGAAGCUGCGUCGCGCUGUGUCUGAGGUGGUCCGCCCCGCGUCCACACCGCCCAUUAUGGCCUCGGCCAUCAAGGAUGAAGACGAUGAGGAACGCAUCAUUGCUGAGCUGGAGAGUGGUGGUGGCAGCGUGCCACCCAUGAAGGUGGUGACUCCCGGAGCCUCUCGGCUGAAGGCGGCCCAGGGUCCAGCUGGCAGCCCUGAUAAAGGCAAACACGGCAAGCAACGAACGGAAUACAUGAGGAUCCAGGCCCAGCAGCAGGCCACUAAACCAUCUAAAGAGAUGAGCGGUCCGAAUGAGACCUCAAGCCCCGUCUCAGAAAAACCCUCUGGUUCCAGAACCUCCAUCCCUGUAUUGACUUCCUUUGGGGCAAGGAAUUCUUCCAUCUCCUUCUAGAAGCCCCUCAUGCCACCACCCCAGCCUGCCCCUCCUUUAUUCCUGCCAUCGUCCCUCCUUUCAUGCUCUACCCUCUUCACUCUCACGCCUGAAGGGUUGCAGGGGCAUGGCCCUCUGCUCUCUCAUCUCCUCUUGGUGUUUUUGGUUU